AUGCCGGUACGCAUGAGGAUGAGAUGGACCGCGUACGCUGGAGCAUCAGCUGCGCUGGCCGCCGGUGUUAUUCUCAAGGCACUCGCACAGCGACCCAACUUCUAUUCCGCCGCCGUCUAUCUCUCCCAGUCUUCCGCUAAUCUGAUGAUCCUGACGAACCUCCUCUUCGUGGUUGCUUGUACCUCCUUGCUUGGACUCCAGAAGCUUCUCUACGGGAAUCUACGACCUAUUGAGGUGGAACAAUUAUACGAGAGAGCAUGGUUCGCAGUGACGGAAACAUGCUUGGCCAUGACCGUCUUCAGAGGCGAGAUCGGCCUGUCCUUUCUGGCCAUGUUCUUUGCACUUCUUACUGGGAAGAUUUGGGGCUGGAUAGGUGAAGGGCGUGUGGAAGUGCUGGAGCAACAACCGCCCCGAAACCCACGACUUUUCCACACCCGACUUGCUCUGAGUUUGGGGCUGGGCGUCGCUUUCGAUCUGACCAUGCUGGAAUAUAUCGUAAAACAGGUCAUGAGGAUGGCGCGCCCGGAUAUGAUGGUCAUGUUCGGCUUCGAGUUCGCCGUCUUGUCGAUCACGAGUAUAAGCACCGCAGUCCGCUACGCCAUCAACCUCCUCGAGAUCGGCAUUGUGAGAGAACAAAAGCGACAGCGCAUCGAACAGAUCAAGAAGGACAGACUCCAGUCCGCGGUGUCGGAGUUUCAAGCGUCCCAAACACCACAGCCCGCAUCGACAGACCCUGAUGCGACGUCGCCUACCCCUACCCAGCGUACACUUGAGCAAGUGACGCAGGAAGCACUCAGCCAGCCUGUCGAUGAGAAUGAAAUUGAGGUGGAAGGGUGGGAAGACAAAGGUCGAUACAUGUUCUAUCUCAACCUCGCCACCGACUUUUUCAAGCUUGUCAUCUACCUGGCGUUCUUCUUUAUUCUUCUUGUAUUCUAUGGCCUGCCGAUACACAUUCUCAGAGAUGUUUUCUUGACGAUGCGAUCAUUUUUGAAAAGAAUCUCGGACUUUAUGAAAUACCGGACAGCCACGAGGGAUAUGAAUGCUCGGUACCCAGAUGCCACCGCGGACGAAAUUGGUCGAGAAGAUGUCUGCAUAAUAUGCAGAGAAGAAAUGCAUCCGUACCAACCCCAGGCUGCGCAGGAGGGUCAACGGCCAAACCCCGUGGCUGAAAGGAUGCGACCCAAAAAGUUGCCCUGUGGCCAUAUUUUGCACUUUUCUUGCUUGAGAAGUUGGCUUGAGAGGCAGCAGAUAUGUCCCACAUGCAGAUCCAACGUGGUGGCACCGAACCAAGGCGGCGGUACAGGUACGGGACAAGGCGGAGCUGCACAACCUAAUGGUGGUCAAGCUCAGCCUCAUGACCGAGCAGGCCCGCGUGUCUACCAGUUUGGUCCGCUGAGAAUCGGAGUCGGUGUUAUGCGAGGCAUCCCUGCCAUGCAAGACAUUCAGCAGCACCUUGCAGAUGCAGCAGCCGUCCCUCAACCUCCAGAAAACGGCGAUAGGAACGCCAAUGCAGACCCAAAUGCUCAACGUCAACCUGGGAUUGGACUCAGGUGGGGAAGCGGCCGUCGAAGGCGUCAAGGAGGCACUUCCAGAACCACUGACGCUCGCAUUGAUGAAUUGGCACAGCAGAUACAGCGCGAAGCAAUACAAGUGGCUCGAAACACUGCAGAACUGAACGUUCUUCAGUCGAUGCAGGCGGAGUUGGCAAGGCUACGGGCUUUAAGGGGGCCAGUGGCAACUGAUCGCAACAAUGUCACCCAGGCUGCGAACACCAGCAACCGUGCAAGUUCCGGGGUUCCUGACUUGCACCGUGCAGUUAGGCUUGACCCCGGUAGCGAAGACGAGAUCCUUACUGCCGGAAGCGACCGAUUACCUCCUGGUCUUGUCCUGCCAGAAGGUUGGUCUAUGAUGCCAUUACGUCCAAUACUGGAUAUAGCCGUUGAUGGACAAGGGCCCCUUCCGGGUGUAUUUGGGGCGCAACCAAACCCUUUCAGUGCUGCAAACUCGCCUCAGGCACCAAUGCUUGGGGGCCCAAACCCUUCAUCGAAUCAAAAUAUAUCAAAUCAAACCACUCCAGCAUCUGACCAAGCAGGUAUCCCGCAGACGAAUAGAACUCAAGCACCGGCGACAGAUCGACCUAUGCUCGGCGAUCAAGUCAGUGGCCGUGCAGAGGAACCUGCUCAGGAAAAUCCGGUAUCAUCCCCUACACAGGCGGGCGACAUUCCCUUCGACAACGCUUCAGGCUUGAAUCUGCCAACAUGGGGAAGCUUUGCACCUUCUCAACAGCAAACACAAGUGAAUGGACAAAACCGGAACACGAAUGGAUCAAGAGCUGAAACAAGUGGUAGUGCGGAGUCAACCUCGACCAACGGUAAUCCGCACAGUUCGGUGUUCCCGGCGCAACCGUUACCUUCCUGGGGGUUUGACACCGGAGUCAAUGAACACGAAGGACAAGUCAAUGGCGUACGAGCCGAGAAUGAAGACAUCGCUGAAGCAUCGGCGUCAUCAUCCUCAUCGGCUCCAGCAAGUCAGAGAAGAAAACAUGCGACGGUUGAGGAUUCAGUUCAGGAUUCGGAAUGA